AUGAUGGAGGACGACUCGGCCGCCUCUUCGGCUGCUGAUACUGCCUCGAUGAAGCGUACGGAGACCGGCAUCAUUUUGCACCCACAACCCCAUGACAACCCAAACGACCCGUUGAACUGGCCCACUAUCCGGAAGGAUAUAUGUUUUUUGAUCAUCGGAUUCCAGACUUUUAUUGGUGGUGGUCAGACGCCUAUCUUGGCUUCGGCUUUUUCGUCGCUUGCAGAGGAGUUCAAUGAACCCAUCUCUGUUAUUUCCUACUUGGUGGGUGGCUUUAUGUUGGCCUUGGGUGUUGGUUCGGUGUUUGCCAGUCCCACCGCUGUUCUCUACGGAAAGAGAUUAGUGUAUUUGUUGGGUAUUUUGAUCUUUUUGAUCGGUGCCAUUAUUGCUGCUGCCGCUCCAAACUACGGCACCCUUAUGGCUGGUCGUAUCUUGACUGGUUUUGGUGCUUCUCCAACGGAAAGUUUGACAUCUGCAAGUUUGAGUGAGUUGUAUUUCCAGCACGAACGUGCUUAUAGAACUGGUCUUUACACUCUUUUGCUUCUAGGAGGUAAGAACAUCAUCCCUUUGCUUUCAUCCUUGAUGUUUGAGCACUUGGGCCGUCAUUGGAUGUAUUGGAUCUUGGCUAUGUUCCUCGGCUUAAAUCUUAUACUUACAUUUUUGUUCGUUCCAGAGACUUUCUGGGAAAGAUCUCCAACUCCGAACAAGCGUUCCCUCCAAGAAACUGAAGCUGCUCGCCGUGCCCGUAAUUACAUUCCUCCAGAACAGAGACCACAUGCUUAUGCUCUCCCGUCUUCUGGUAACGUUGUGGACACGGACAGCUUGGCGUCCUCUCGUAUGGACACCACUAUUCAUGAAGAUGGCCAUAGAGAACCCGUCGGUAUCAUCAACGACGCAGAAACACAUAUUGAUGAUGGCGACUCUCUCGCUUCUACUCCCAAAAGUUUCAAAAAUAGAUUGGCUUUGACUUCGGGAAGACACACCCCUGACAAGUGGUGGCAGGUUGCCUUGAGACCAUUUUUCCUUUACUUGUAUCCCUCUGUCCUUUACGGCAGUUUGGUUUACUCCAUGGCUGUUGUGUGGCUUAUCGUCAUUUCAGAAACUGUCUCUGAGAUUUUUAAAGGUGAAGAAUAUGGCUACUCGCUGCAAACUGUUGGUCUCUUUUAUUUGGGUCCAUUUAUCGGUGGUGUGCUCGGUUCCCUUACCACGGGUUUUAUCGGAGACCGUCUUGUUAGAUAUUUUGCAUCUAAGAACCAUGGCAUUUACGAGCCUGAGUUCAGGCUUAUCAUGUUGAUUCCUGCGACAAUCCUUGAGUGUUUUGGGUUGAUGGGGUACGGCUGGUCCGCCGAGGAUACCCAGCCAUGGAUUGCUCCGGUGAUUUUUUUCAGUUGUUUGAGUUUUGGUUCGUCAAUGGCGUCCACUACCGCAAUCACAUAUACUGUUGAUUGUUACAAAAUGUUUGCAGCCGAAGCUUUGGUUUCCUUCAAUUUCGCUAAGAACUUCUUGGGUUUCAUCUUCUCCUUAUUCAAUACUGACGUCUAUUUCGCCAGAGGUGGUAAGGAUACAUUCGUUAUCUAUGGUGUUGUCCAGAUGUUCCUCAGUCUUUGUGGCAUCGGCAUUUACAUGUACGGUAAGAAGUUCAGAGCUUGGACCGAUGAUAAGGAGUUAUUGAGAAUGCUUUAUGCCCAUCCUCCAUCGUCUGAAGCCCAUGAAGAAAAGGAAAAAGUGAAUGAAGAAGAGCAUAAUGAAAGUGAGACAGAACUAGCUACGCCAAGCUCACCUGAGUCUUCCGCUGACUACUCAACUGCAUAA